AUGGGGGUGGGCCGGGCACCUUUCAAACGUUCAGCCCCCACGACGGCCCGUGGCCUCCGGAUUGGACGGCGCGAGCUGCGUGUGCGCGGGGCGCCCAACCGCUCCGGAGCUCCUGGAGGAGGCAGUUGCAGGUGCCGGCUGCUGCAGCGCAGUAGCUGCUGGAGGCUGGCGAGGCCCGGAGGCGGUGCAGGAAGCCUCCGACCACGCGGGCUCCUGAUCGCGGGCGCCCACAGCGCGGACAUGGCGGGCUGGUGGCCGGCGUUGUCGCGCACGGCCCGGCGCCACCCGCGGCCCACCAACGUGCUGCUCUAAGUUGCUAGAGCAACGUAGCUCUACGCUCUACCAGUGUGCCUUAGCUCGCUCGUCUCCGCCGGGGACGUGCUGCAGCAACGGCUGCAGGGCCGCGAGGCCGACUGGCGCCAGACGCGGCGCGUGGCCACGUUGGUGGUGACCUUCCACGCCAACUUCAACUACGUGUGGCUGGGCCUGCUGGAGCGCGCGCUCCCAGGCCGAGCGCCGCACGCCGUGCUGGCCAAGUUGCUGUGCGACCAGGGGGUCGGUGCGCCCAUCGCGGUCUCGGCCUUCUACGCCGGUAUGAGCAUUCUCCAGGGAAAGGAUGACAUAUUUUUGGACCUGAAACAGAAAUUCUGGAACACCUAUAUGGGAUGGUAGACUGUGAGUGGCUUAAUGGAAUCAUUCCCACAUUCAGAGCCAAUGUUUUCAGCAAACUCAGUCAUGGCUUUGG